UAAGUUUUCCGGACGAUCAGAUUCAAACAUAAACCAUGGAACCACUAGAGGACGAAGAAGUACCCUCGAAAAAGAGAAAAAUUCUUCUUCUUUUGCUCCAUAUACUUUUUCACAUUCUGUGGAUUUCAUAUUUCAUAGCCGCUACAGUGGUUUAUAUCACUUAUGACAGGAAAACCGACAAAUGUAUUGAUCCGAGCAGUUCAGACGAACCGUCUUCGGAAAACAGUACGAACCUAAAUGCAACCGAUUCGAGUGACGUUGAUUCAAAAGACGAUAAAUUUAAACCGUUCAUACUAUGCAAAAUGAAUUGGUGCCAUGGCUACGGGUUCCUCAUAUUUUGCUUUGUAGUUUUCUAUAUACUUUGGCUAUACUACUGGGUCUUCAAGCCUUUUAUAGGACAAAAAUUGUAUGACACAAGGAUCGAUCCGGCAAUUGACAAUUGGAUAGAAUUCAGUCGCCGCAAGAUAAUCUCUAUUAUAAUGCUGCUUUUUGUUACCGUCCUUGCUGUGGCCUACUUGCUAUUCGAAUGCCGCGAUGACUCGAGAAAAAUGGUGGGACUUGCUGGACCGGUAGUUUUCAUACUCAUAGGAUUCGCUGCAUCAAAGCACCACAAGGACAUUCCAUGGAGGAUAGUUACGCAUGGUCUCCUGGGACAACUGUUGUUGGGCAUUGUUUGCAUCCGCUUGGCCUUUGGUCGAGACUUGUUUGACUGCGCUGGCGAGAAAGUCACUAUUUUCCUUAGAUUUGCCGAUCACGGAGCCCGCUUCGUCUAUGGCGAUCGCAUUUGCGACGAGUUUGUGUUCGCCUUUGCCAUACUGGCGGUGAUAUUCUUCUUCAGCGUGGUCACCUCCUGCCUGUACUAUCUCGGCGUGAUGCAGUUCUUUCUGGGUGCGUUUGGGUUCAUGCUGCAGUCCAUGGUCGGUACUACAGUCUGCGAGAGCGUCAAUGCGGCCGGCAAUGUUUUCCUGGGCAUGUCAGAGAGUCCCCUACUCAUUCGGCCGUACAUCGAUAUACUCACAAAGAGUGAGCUGCAUACAAUCUGCACCUCAGGCUAUGCCACAGUCGCAGGAACAGUACUGGGUGCGUAUAUUUCGUUUGGCGCGUCGCCGGCCCAUCUCAUCACGGCCAGUGUGAUGGCGGCUCCGGCCUCGCUGGCGUUCUCCAAGCUCUUCUACCCGGAGACGGAGGAGUCCCAAACAAGAUCUGAAAAUAUCCAGCUGGAGAAAUCAUCGGAGACUUCCAUCUUGGAUGCAGCAACCAGCGGCGCUGCAGCCGCUAUGAUGAUUGUCCUGGGUAUUGUCUCGAACAUUAUUGCCUUUCUUGCCAUUCUUUACUUCUUCAGUGCCACCACCGAGUGGAUAUUCGAGAUGCUUGGCCUGAAUGACGUCAGUUUGCUGUAUCUGCUCAGUAAGAUGUUCAUCCCACUGGUUUUCAUCAUGGGUGUGCCGUACUAUGACUGUGAGAAAAUUGGACUUGUGGUGGCCGAGAAGACGUUCAUCAACGAGUUCGUGGGCUACAAGCACCUGGGCGAAUUUAUCAAAGGCAACAAAGUUGAUCAUCGGAGCGCUGCAAUCGGCACAUUCGCCCUCUGCGGCUUCGCCAAUCCGGGCUCCCUGGGCAUCCUAAUAGCAGCUUUGAGCGCCAUGUCUCCAUCCAGACGCUCGGAUAUAACGCGAGUAGCGGUGCGUGCCUUCUUUGCUGGCAGUUUUGUCAGCUAUACAUCGGCAUCAAUUGCGGGUAUUCUCAUUCAAAAACGUGACAUGGAUACUAUAAACAAGAGAUUCGAAAUCUAUACCGGCUCCCACAUGGACGACGAUCGUGCGGAUCAUAUUAUGAUGAAUAUUUAGAAAUCUCAAUUUUCGAAGACUACUUAUUCGAAUAUUCAACGAUUUAAACAAUACAAUCUACUCUUUUCAGAAUGUUA